UUGACAUACAAUGCAGGUAGAGAGAGUUCAGGCAUUGGCCUCCGGUGGGCUCAACGAGCUACCGGAAAAGUUCAUUCGCCCCUUCCAUGAGCAGCCAGUGAACAGCAAUGCCACAGAGGGAGUCGCAGUGCCGGUCAUUUCCCUAGCAAAGUCACACAUUGAUCUAGUGAAGGAAGUUGCCAAGGCAGCUGAGGAGUGGGGAUUCUUUCUCAUCACUGACCAUGGGAUACCGGCUUCUUUGAUAGAGGAGUUACAGAAGGUUGGCAAGGAGUUUUUUAUGUUGUCACAGGAGGAAAAAGAAGUGUAUGCAAAUGACCCUGCUAGUGGUAAAUUUGAAGGAUAUGGGACUAAGAUGACUAAGAACCAUGAUGAAAAGCUUGAGUGGAUUGACUAUCUCUUUCACUUCACCGCUCCUCCAUCUAAGGUUAACCAAGAUAUCUGGCCUAAAAAUCUUCCAUCAUACAGGGAAGUGAAUCAAGAGUACAAUAAGGAAAUGCUGAGAGUAACAGGCAAGCUAUUGGAGGUGCUUUCAGAGGGUCUAGGCCUGGAUAGGAAUGCAUUGAAAUCCCAUAUUGGAGAUGAAGAAGUGGAAGUGGAAAUGAAGAUAAAUAUGUACCCGCCAUGCCCACAACCCCAACUAGCCCUUGGCGUUGAGUCUCACACUGACAUGUCCGCCAUCACCUUACUAGUCUCCAACGAUGUUCCAGGCCUUCAGCUGUGGAAAGAUGACAACUGGGUUGCUGUGAAUUACUUGUCAAAUGCAGUGGUUAUUAACAUUGGUGAUCAGAUAGAGGUCUUGAGCAAUGGUAAGUACAAGAGUGUACUUCACAGGAGCUUGGUGAACAAGGAACGGUUUCGCAUAUCCUGGGCUGUGUUUGUUGCGCCGCCACAAGAGGCUGUGAUUGGGCCUCUGCCGGAGCUUGUGGAUGAGCAAAACCCUGCCAAAUACUCGACCAAGACAUAUGGUAAAUACCGAUUCUGCAAAAUCAACAAGAUACCACAGUUGGGAUUCACCAAUUAA